AUGGAGGCAGACGGCGCAUCUCAAGGAGAACAACUGCUAGACGCAGCAAGAAGGAACAACGUAGAUCUAUUGGAGACGGUGUUUAAGGAAUUAGAAGAAGAUCCUGCUAAGAUUGCAGAUGUCGUUAAUCAUAGUAAAGAUCCUUUUGGUAACACAGCUUUACAUCUAAGUUGUAGAUACGGUUCUUGGGAAGUCCUCGACAAAAUCUUGGAUCAAGAAGGUGGAAUUGAAAUUGAUCCUCAUAAUAUAAUUGAUGGUGACACUCCUUUGCAUGCAGCUGUGAAAUAUGCACAGGAUGAACCAGAACAUGGUCUUUUCAUCGUUCAGAAUCUGAUAGAGGUUGGUGCUGAUCCAAGAGCAAGAAACAAUCAUAACGAAAGGCCAAUUGAUUUAAUACAUAGUGAUGAAUUAGAUGAUUUGGUAGACCUUUUGCAAGGUGCUGAGUUAGUGACCGACAAUGCUGGAGAAAUGACGAAAGAAGAAGAAGAAGAAGAAGAAAACAUCGUUGAUGACGAUGACGAUGACGAGACAGAUGACAAAGAUAUCGAUGCUCCAAAGGAGAAUUGA